AGCAAUACACACGCGCAUCGCAGUACUGUCUCUGUGCAACAUUUGUUUGGACAACGAAUGAACCUGAAAUUCCACAGAGACUGGAGCACCCACAAAGUAUGGUGACUGCAAAUAUUACGCCUAUCAAGCUGGACUAAAGCGACCCGGUGACAACUAAAGUGGUUUGACGAUGGUUUAACAUUUUAUUGGUUUAAGAGGAGGAGAAAAGGGAGAGAACAGGUUUUCCGGUUGCAGACCUGCUAAUAAGCUAGCCGCGGAGUUCUACAGCCGGCUUCAUUAGCUUAGCUUAGCUAGCGAGCUAACAAACUGAUGUAGCGACAGCUGUGGGGCAAAAACGGACAUGCGGUGGCAGUUUGUCUGGAGGUCUUUCAUUUCUUCAGUAUGACAUGUUGUGAAGUAAUGGUGAGAGCUUUAACGUGAAGUGGCAGACGAGGAGGUAGUGUGUGGUUGGGUUGCUCGGGUAACGGCAGUUAUGAGCAGUUUCAAUGUUACAACCAAAACCUCCACGUUCAGCUCUUCAUUAAGCGCCGACAGGAAAGGCUCGCUGAUCAACAACAACAAGGAGUGGGAUUUGGGGAGCGAUGUGUUUCCGUGCUGUCACGAGAUGAUUCCCAUGGACGACACGAUGCAGGCAGGAAUGUCCUCGGUCCAGUCGGGACUGGACGGACACCUGCCGCUCCUACACGCCAGACACCACAGCGCCCAGGGCGGGCUGCUGUUGGACCUGAGCUCACCGACGGCCUUCCUCGACAGCGGCUCUCUGGAGUACAGCGACACCGACGGCAACAACGCUGGCCCGUUGUUCGAGAGGAGGAAGAGGUCGCGGUCCAACAGCUCCAGACACCGCUUCAACGAGGUGGUCACGGAGCUCGGCGCGGAGGAAGUGCGGUGGUUUUACAAGGAGGACAAGAAAACUUGGAAACCCUUCCUCGGGCACGACUCGCUUAAUAUCGAGCGUAUGUUUCGGAAAUACUGUGAGCUGAACCCUGGUGCGGCGGGCUCCCAGAACGGCGUUGGGGAUGAAGAUUGCGGAACUAACGGUGUGGAAAGCAGGGGACUUAACAGCGCAGUGCCGGUGGAGACGAGGACCAGCAGUGUGCACGGAGGCCACGGGUCCGUGGACACAUCCACCGUGUCCUCGGAGGAGAGGGACCCUGACAGCGUUGAAAUCAACGUUGAGCCCGUUUGUGUCCGGGGAGGGCUCUACGAAGUGGACGUCAAAGAGAAGGAAUGUAAUCCUGUUUACUGGAAGCAACAAGACCAUAUUCCAGUCAUGAGGGGCCAGUGGUUUAUCGACGGCACCUGGCUCCCGCUGGAGGAAGAGGAAAGUGACCUCAUCGAGCACGAGCACCUGAACCAUUUCCGCGGGCAUCAAAUGCAGGACACCUUCGAGACGGACCUGCUGGUCAGGACCGUCGACAGCAAAGAUGUUCUCUCCCACCUGCCCCCUUUCUACCUCCCUUUUCUGUUCAAAUGGAGUGGAUAUCAGACGAGUGCUAAAACUACAUGUCACAAGCGCAAACGCUGCCAAGCCAUCCACAGUAGUAAGCUGAGUCGGACCCAUGUGGACUGGCACAGCGUGGAUGAGGUGUAUCUCUACAGCGAUGCCACUACUUCCAAAAUCGCACGCACCGUCACCCAGAAACUGGGCUUCUCCAAAGCAUCCAGCAGUGGAACGCGGCUUCAUCGGGGUUUUGUCGAGGAGGCCUCACCUGAGGACAGACCUCCUCAGACUACACACAUCGUCUUUGUGGUUCAUGGGAUUGGACAGAAGAUGGACCAAGGACGCAUUAUUAAAAACACUGGAAUGCUGAGGGAUGGUGUGAGGAAGAUGGAGGAGAAGCACUUUUUGGAGCACAACGACGAGCACGUGGAGUUCUUUCCUGUCGAGUGGCGCUCCAAACUCGCACUGGAUGGAGAUACGGUCGACUCGAUAACUCCGGACAAAGUGAGAGGCCUGAGAGAUAUGCUCAACAGCAGUGCCAUGGACAUCAUGUACUACAACAGCCCCCUUUACCGGGACGAGAUUACCAAGGGCCUAACGCAGGAGCUAAACAGGCUGUACACACUUUUCUGCUCCCGGAACCCCGAGUUUGAAGAGAGGGGAGGCAAAGUGUCAAUUGUGUCUCACUCGCUCGGCUGCGUCAUCACCUACGACAUCAUGACGGGGUGGGAUCCCGUGCGCUUCUGUCAGCAGGCGCAUCACGCUGUGGAGGAGGAGCUGGACCUGCGCUGGAUGUCCUACGAGGAGAAGCACGUUUUGGAGCAGCUACAGCUCACGAGGAAUAGGUUACAAGAGUUGGAAAAUCAACUCCUCACACUGGAAGCCUCUAAACCUCCAGCACGCCCAGCCCUCAAAUUUAAAGUGGAGAACUUCUUCUGCAUGGGUUCUCCUCUGGCCGUGUUCUUAGCUCUGAGAGGGAUCCGGCCCGGUACCAGCUGCCACCAGGACCACAUCCUGCCCACCUCCCUCUGCAGCCGGCUCUUCAACGUCUUCCAUCCCACAGACCCUGUGGCCUACAGACUGGAGCCCCUCAUCCUCAAACAUUACAGCAACGUUGCACCUGUUCAGAUACACUGGUGUAGCGCCAUUAACCCCACACCUUACGAUGAGUUCCGGCCUAUUUAUCUGAACCCAGUCAAAGACCCGACAUCUGACACGGAGAGCAUCCCCAGCCCGAGUACUUCUCCUGUACUCCUCCGCAGGCACUACGGAGAGUCCAUCACCAACCUGGGCAAGGCCAGCAUUCUGGGAGCGGCGAGCAUAGGGAAGGGCAUCGGAGGCAUCCUCUUCUCUCGUUUCUCCCGCUCCAACAGCCAGCCGUCCGUCUCUUUGGGACUGGAGGGAGCAGCGAGCACUGAGGAAGAGGAGCAGAAGCGGACAGAAAGCCAGUCAGCAUACGGCCUCUCCACCAUGAUUCGGCCCACCUCACCCAUUAUUGACACGUCAUUGGAGCUGGAGCGGCGCGUUGACUUUGAGCUCCGGGAGGGUCUGGUGGAGAAUCGCUAUUGGUCAGCGGUGACCUCGCACACCGGUUACUGGUGCUCACAUGACAUAGCGCUCGUCCUGUUGACCUUCAUAUACAAGCAGAAGACCGCACCCUCAGACCCAGCAGAAGAGACUCCGGAGCCGGACUGAGGCGGCACAUUCGUCACACUUGAAUGGUGACUUAUAACCCUGAAGGGGGGUUAUGUCCACUUCUUGACAAGACACAAAAAUAAACCUUUUAUUUUUUUGAUCCCGUGCUUUUAACUCGUGGGAAUCAUUACUGACAAACUGACUUAAUUCCAAGAUGUGCAUUUUUGUCUUCUUUUUUUGUGUGUAGUUUGUACACAGUUGCGCACCCUAAGGGUGAGAAUGUUGGACGAGGAACCCCUAAGGAGGUGCACCCUUGGCCAGUAUGACCCCCCCAAGCAACACACAGACAUGGAAUAAGGGUCUAAUAAGUUAAAUCCACAUGACGAGAGUUCUAAGUUCAACCCCAAAUCUUCAACCUUAAACAGCUGCAGCCUGUUGAUAAAGUGUCCAUACAAUUCCUGUUAAUCAGUGCUUAAAUUCAGCCCCCCCUGCAGACUCAUGCUGGAGCCUUGUGACACACAUGCCUGACCCUCGGUCACUCAGGCUUCGAGUUCUGCGUCUGUUCCUUUUACUUUUUUCUUUUUUAACUAGGAGAGAUAAAUAUAAUUGUCAAAAUAUUGUAAUUUUAUCUUUAAAAUAAACCUUUUCGCUACUACAUCUCAAAAACGUAAUGCUAAACAAGCAAAUGCCUUUCAAAAUGAUCCAAAUAGUUUUAAUCUUGCAGAAUUCCUGUUUAGUUUUUCCAAACACAAACGUAGGCCAUUAUCCCUUUAACGAUGUCUUUGAAGUAUGAAGAAAGACAUAAGAAACAUUCAAUUAUUAGCUGUUGUUCUUUCUCCGAUUCUUUUCAUGUUUGCCUCUUUUUAACAUUGUUUGACUCUUUAAAUAGAUUUGCACCAAAUAAAACAUCAACAAAGCGCCACUUUUAUAUACUGCACAGUCAAACAGCACCAGGCACACAAAUGUCACAGCUAAACAUCUUCAGUUCUCAUGCGAUGUUUGCUUUACAUACAGAGGUUUACAAUAAUUGUUAUUUUUAAACAUUGAUGUCAUUCACCAGAUUAGAGGUCUCACACAAAAGCAUCAGUCAUUUAAACUACUGCUUCUAUGUUAAGCAUAAGUUAUGGAGAGGACUUUCUGUGCUAUAUCUUUAUAUUGAUACCCAGAUGAAAUUAGGGGUACUAGAUGUAUUUUUUAUUAAAAAAAGAAAUAUUUUUCCUAGUGAUUUUCAGGCUCUUGUGGAUAUAAACCCGGAUCUCAUCUCUGGGGAAAUGGGAUUCAAAACUUGCGGCCAAAUAACAUUUACGUGUCUAGCUUAUUAGCUGCUUGGCAUUAGUAGUUUGAAGGCAUAUUUCACGAAGAAGUAAUUAACCUAGGGUAAAAAAAAAAAUAGCUUCUUUAUUGUUUUGGAUCUCUUUUGCCUUUUCUUGUGACCAAUUUUCACUUUCCUCAUUUUAUCAAUAGAUGUGUCAGCUUGUCUCUUUAUUUCUGUUUCUAGUCUUGGAAAAGAAACUAGACACCAGACUGGGUAUCUGCCUAAAUGACACUAUUUGCAAAUUUACUCCAAAAGAAAAUGUGGACAGCUGGAGACACCGAAUCAGGAUUUCUGUUUUCUAAAAAUGACAUUUGCUGCUUAUCGUGACUCUUGCCUUGGGUUUAUCAGAGCCCUUAUAAAAAAAAAAAAAAAAAGAUCUGUCGAAUGUGGUCCUUUUUAAAAACAUGCCCAGUGAAGAUUAUGCAGAAGUUAGAUCACAUGCUCACUUUGCAUGGCGUUAUAUUAAUAGUACAUGGAUGCUGGAACAAGACGACAUUGCAGAGAGUGCCAACACACAUCUAAGAAACCACUCAUGAUUGUUUAUGGGCUUCUGAUGAAAUCAUUUAUAAGACAUUUGCAAUGGAUGAAGAAAUGGAAUUAGUCACAUGUGACAGACUAAGAGAUUAAUGUCAGUGUCAACAUUUUCUUUGUUUCCUACUUGUUAUACUAUCGUAGCUAUCAAAGAGCUUCUUUUUUAAUUUGCUUUUGGUGCAAGCCGCUGCUUUUACUUUUCCACACAAUCAAGGGCUGUUGUUGACCGGUCUACCACUGAAUGGAAUCCAUUUCUUGGUAUUUAAUAUCUGUUUCAUUUUUUUAUGCAAAGGAAACCAGGCUGCCUCUCAGACGACCGGAUAGGUGACAAUAAGGGAGAGCGAAAUCUGAAAGUGUUUCUAUGUUUGGUCUGGUGGAUCUCGCCCCUUUCAUCAGCUAUGAAAUUGCACAGAAUCGAUGUAGAAAACAGCCCAUUAUUGAUGUUUAUUUCUUAUUUUUUGCUGAGCAUGUGUUACAUUGCAGCAGUAGAAGCCGAACCCACUUUUAACACGUAACCUGGACGGUACAGGCUUGUAGUUUGCCUUGGAGACCUCAGACAAUGUAAUGCAAAAUACAAGGACAAUUCCAUUGUGGCCUCUGGAUCUUUAAGUCGCACUGUGUUAGGUUCAGCCGCAGCAAAUACGUGAUGUGAGAGUGUGGACAGACCAUCCUAACAAUGACAACAAUGUUUUGUGUUUUUCCAACAUGUAUGUUGACUUUGCACAUUUUUCAUUCUCGCAUUUAUUGAUUCGAGCACGGGUUUUCAAACUGUGUUAUCUCUGCUCGCAAAGAAAAAGUAACUAAACUGGAGAGCAUUUAACUUUUUGUCGAGACACGUCAUACUUUUGACCACAUGAGCAUUUAAUGCACAGCAUUCUGAAUGAUAACAGUCUAUUUUUAUUUUAUUUUUUUCUUGUUUAAAGGCACCGCAAGCGUCAGGGAAAUGUCUGCUGUGACAUGUUGUCUCAAUCCAUCACUGCUGUUGACAUCAGUUUGAAGCCAUUAUUGAGAAAGAGAAUUAAGUCACAGAUGUGUUGUCAGCCUUUUUAAUGUCCAGUGGUAAAUAAAGAAGGGCCUGCAGCAUAAUGUAAUCAGUCACUGGGUGAGAAAGAGAAAAGAAAAAAGAAAAGUAUUGAAAUUUAUUGUGGGUUUAUUGAAUGAAAUGUGUUCAUUUUGUGUCAGGUACCACUGUUGCUCUAACUUUGAAUGGAUGUCAGGAAAGAGUUUGUGUCUGUCCUUAGAGCUGUGCAAUAACCCAUGCCUGUUAUGGAUUCUAACUGCCAUCCAAAGCACUGUAUUUAUUUCCUUUUAUUAAAGCAUUUCUUUUGUUUUUGGA